GAGUCCACGCUCCUAAACCUCCGUGUCUGCUGUUUGAUGCCAGCCCUGGACUCGACUCAGCCCCCAGGGAGAGGAGGACUCUGGGCUUCCCCUGUUCCGUGGAAGCUGGGCGGGGCUCUGGGGGAAAGAACGCUGAGCACACAGGGUCAGAUGCCUGCCGCUCCUUCGGAGGCACUGGCAGCUGCUCGGUUUAUGAAAGUGCUCGCUAUGGCAUCACUGCCUGUCACAGUAGUGAUUAUUAUCAAUUGAUGGUGAUACUUCGGUCCCUAAAGCCCCAUGCAUGGGCCAUGGUGGGGCUCUGGGCAUCAGUGUUGAAGGAAGGAUUUGGUGGGGUGUAGGGGGCAGGCUUUUCUGGGCACCCUCUGUCCAUGAGCAACGCUGAGCAAGGAUGAGAGAUUCCAGUGCCUGGGCUGAGCCUGAGGGCCCCUAGACCCACCUGUUCCUACAGAGACUUUGGGAAGGAUCUGCAUCUCUGAUCAGCCCAGAUCCCUGGAGGCUGAUCCAGGGGUGUCCUGUGCCACCACCUCACCGGGGGUGGAGGCAGGAGAGGCAGCAUUUCUGUACCUUUUUGAUGAAGAACCUGGAGCUCAGAGAGGUGAAGUCUCAUCAGACUCGUCCUCCCAGUCCUGCUCAGGUACUUUGCCUCCAGGGGACCGUCCAGGUUGAGGUCCUGGCUCUCUGGGCUCUCCCAGCUUUUAGACCAACCUUGGUCUCCGGUCGUGCCUUGGGCAUCUCGAAGACCUAGAGUUUGGUAAGUCCGUGUUUUGACUCUGGUUCUGUCUGCUCAUGGCUAAUUGUGUGACCUUGGACAGGUGAAUUCACCUCUCUGAGCCUGGGUUUCUUUACCUGGGGAGUGGCUAACAGUAGUACCUGACUCAGAGGGCAGCUUUGAGACUUAACAUGAGAUGUGAUUGGAGAAGCAAUUAGCUUCCCCGCUCACCUGCCUUCAUGUCCCUCCCAUGGCCUUCAAGCCAGUCCCAGGCUCUCUGCAGGGCUCUGCGGCUGCCUAUGUCCUUGGGCCAAGGACGCCGGGGACCUUGCUGAGCCCUUGGACGGAGGAGCUGCCGGGCUGCUGAGGUCCAGAGAGGGUCGGGGGGGACCACCCAGGGGGCAGAGGGCCAGGGCAGCACCCACAGUGUACAGGGAUACUACAGGGAUACGCCACCUGCUCUCCCCAGGGAGGGAACUCAUGAAUAUUCACGGCCACUGAAGCAAGAGGGAGCCAGCCAGCACACUCCUGGGUGUCAUUGGAGCGUUCAGGUUUCCCAGUGACCGCAGAGGCAGCCUGGGAGUCAGAUGUGGCUCAGGCAGGGAGAGGGAAGGGGCAGCCAGACCUGGCCCCAGGUGUCUGAGAUGCCGCUGCCACAGAAGAAGCGCUGGGAGUCCAUGGCCAAGGGGCUGGUGCUGGGAGCACUCUUCACCAGCUUCCUGCUACUGCUGUACUCCUAUGCCGUGCCCCCGCUGUACACUGGCCUGGCUUCCACCAGGACCCCCGAGGGCGCGGCUCCCUGCUCUCCGGCCCCGAGUGAUACAGAGGCUCCCACCUCGGCCAACGGCUCUGCGGGAGGCUGCCAGCCGCGGCGGGACAUCGUGUUCAUGAAGACGCACAAGACGGCCAGCAGCACGCUGCUCAACAUCCUGUUCCGCUUCGGCCAGAAGCACGGGCUCAAGUUCGCCUUCCCCAACGGCCGCAACGACUUCGACUACCCCGCCUUCUUCGCGCGCAGCCUGGUGCAGGACUACCGGCCCGGGGCCUGCUUCAACAUCAUCUGCAACCACAUGCGCUUCCACUACGACGAGGUGCGGGGCCUGGUGGCGCCCAACGCCACCUUCAUCACCGUGCUCCGCGACCCCGCCCGCCUCUUCGAGUCCUCCUUCCACUACUUCGGCUCCGUGGUGCCCUUCACGUGGAAGCUCUCGGGCCGCGACAAGCUGGCCGAGUUCCUGCAGGACCCCGACCGCUACUACGACCCCCGCGGCUACAACGCCCACUACCUCCGCAACCUGCUCUUCUUCGACCUGGGCUACGACAGCGACCUGGACCCCGGCAGCCCGCAGGUGCAGGAGCACAUCCUGGAGGUGGAGCGCCGCUUCCACCUGGUGCUGCUGCAGGAGUACUUCGACGAGUCGCUCGUGCUGCUCAAGGACCUGCUGUGCUGGGAGCUGGAGGACGUGCUCUACUUCAAGCUCAACGCCCGCCGCGCCUCGGCCGUGCCGCGCCUCUCGGGCGAGCUGUACCGGCGCGCCACGGCCUGGAACGUGCUAGAUGCACGCCUCUACCGCCACUUCAAUGCCAGCUUCUGGCGCAAAGUGGAGGCCUUCGGGCACGAGCGCAUGGCUCGCGAGGUGGCCGCCCUGCGGCGCGCCAACGAGCGCAUGCGCCGCAUCUGCAUCGACGGCGGCCGCGCGGUGGACGCGGCGGCCAUCCAGGACUCGGCCAUGCAGCCCUGGCAGCCGCUGGGCGUCAAGUCCAUCCUGGGCUACAACCUCAAGAAGAGCAUCGGGCAGCGGCAUGCGCAGCUCUGCCGGCGCAUGCUCACGCCAGAGAUCCAGUACCUGAUGGACCUGGGCGCCAACCUGUGGUUCAUCAAGCUCUGCAAGUUCAUCCGGGACUUCCUGCGGUGGUGACGCCAGGGCGCCCGCCGAAGAGGGCCCGGCGGGGGUCUCGCCGGCCAUCCCUCUGCGGCCUCUCUUGGUGCCACCCCAGUUCCUGGGGUGAGGUGGGGCUGUUCGCAGGGAUGCCACCAGCCAAGGACUGGGCCCACGGAACACAGGACCUAACUGAGAGCAGUAUUUGACUAAUUAGAGUUGUUGUUGUUGUUUAAUUAAAUCCCCCUACCCUCCACCCAAAAAGAAUGUUCUAUUUUCUGGCUCCCCUUAAAUGGGAGACUUCAGAAGUAAAGGAAUUUGAUGUGUUUUUGUUAAUCAGCCUCAGUGGUGCUGACUGGCGCGGCCCUGGUGUGUGUGUGUGUGUGGGGUGUGACUGGUGGGGAUUGAGGGACCCCAAGGGAGUGCAGUGGGCACCUGCGGACAGAGCCCAGGGGUUCAGAGCCCAGGGGUGGGGCGGGGUUUGGUGUGUAUCUGUCACAUGCUGAAGCCCUUUGUGUUUGAAGGACUCCCGUGAGGUCCCAAGACCUAGAAGAUCAUGUGGGGGUGUGUGUGUGUGCAUGAGAGUGACAGGGAGGUGGGGAGCACUUAGCAGGCCCUGGACCCAGGCUAAGGGCUCCUCCCCCAAUCUCAUCAGUCCUCACAAUAACCCUUUGAGAUAGGCGCAGUCGCCAUCCCAUAUAUGCAUGUGGGACUGACCUUCUGAAAACAGAACGAAUUGCUUGAGAUUUACGUUGCAGGAUGAAUCAGACCCCGGUACUAAACCAUCUCCCCAGGAUCCCAAACCCUUUCCACAGCCAAUGUCUGUUCACCCUGUCCCUGCCGGCUCCCUCUCCCCCACUGACCUCUCCAGGCUGCCUCAUCCUCUGCUUGUGCUCCAAGCCUCCCUCGGUCCUGGAUUUCCCCUCCCAUCCUAGGGUUCAAUUAUCCAAAAAAAAAAAAAAAAAGGUAUUUAUUAGCUGUCCGUUGUGCACCCCAGCCUUGAGCUGGUCCUGAGCAGACAGCACUCAGCAAGAUGACCCAGGCCCUGCUGGAGCUCACGUCCAGAGAGCAGCCAUGCACGUCAAGUGUGAUCAAUCAGGGUGGGGAUUUGUCAGCUCAAACCACCUGCCUCCCUAGGCGUCCUCAAGGGGACAAAGGCCCUUCCUUAGGUCUCUCACCAGGAGCCAGCAGCCAGAUGUGGAAGGCAGAAAUUGCAGCCAGGGGACUCCUGGAGACCUGUUUGUGCCAGGCUCCAAACCAAGUGCUUAUAUAUCUUAUCUGAAUAUGUACAGCAUCGUAGCUUUAGAGACCAAAGUUCAGAGAGGUUAAGUGACCUUCCCAAGGUCACACAGCUAAGAGUGCCAGGGUCAGAAUUCGAAGCCAGAUAAGUCAGCCCGAUUGAUCACUCACCUCCCUGGGCUUGAGUCAGUCCUCCUCCUGGAGUGAGCUUCUGGUCCAAGCAGGGUAAGAAGGAGUGAGGGUGACCGACUGUUUCAGUUCCUGGGGCCGACCCGGUUUCAGCCCUGAAAGCUCCACACUUCAGCAAACGCCUCAGCCCUGGGCAACCAGGACUUCCGGUCGGCAGGGACCGGUUUGACCCCACCAACCGCCUGGGGCUACUGCCUGCACCCUCAUAGUGUUCCUUGUAGCAAGAGAUUAGCACACCCUCGGAGUCUUUAUUUUAUUCAUAAGGAGAGAUAUAAGCGAAAAUAAAUAAAACUGACAAUAGCUAGGUGAUUUGCAGGAAAUGCUGUAACUGACCCCACAUUUAUUAGAGAAUUUUCCCUCCGUUUAUUAAUCAGAGAGAGAUGUGACUGAGUGCAAUAUUAUAACUUUCUGGCUCGUGGAACCCCGUAAUUCUAUUUCCGUGGAACCCUAAGGGCCUAGAAAUGCCAAUACUAACCUGAUAUAUUAUUUCAUUAUUUAUUAUUAUGAAUAUUGGCACUUUUAGGCCCUUUAGGGGAUCCAAGGAGAACAAAUCUGGCCGUUAGCAGAUGCUAAGAACAUAAAUUACUUUAUUAGCAUUGAUCAUCUGCCUGGUUUGUUUUCAAAUCAGUAUAGUUCUUAACUCACAUAUUAACAUAAUUAACAUUUUGAUCAUGAGUAGUUGCCAGAUGCUGGGCAACCAGCCUGUGCCCAGCACUGUGCCACGUGGGAACACGCACAAUAGCCUUUGCUGCCCCGAGAAGGUGAUGGAGACGCAGAGAAGCAGAGCCGCCAGCCCAGGGUCACCCAGUCAGCCAACCAGAGAGGCAGGACGCAAACCCAGGUCAGUCAGCUGCCAAGCUGGUGCUCGCAGCCCCCAGACCUUCAGCACCUUCCAGUUGGCCACCUCAGCCUCAGGACUGAAGGGCUUUUCCGUGGCGGGUCAAAUAGGUCUCCAAGCGGCUCUGCAAGGGGGUCGCCUUCAGGAAGCGGACUGCUCUUGCUACACCUGGACAGCAGAGGGCGCCAUGGUACCGAGUUUAGUCUCUUCGGGUUCUGCCGUAACUGGCCAGAGGGGGCGACCCGUAGGCCAGACCCGUGAAAGCCGUGGCAGGGAUCAAGGCUGCCCCCAGGGGGACAUUCAGUGAAACCACUUGUUCCUCUCUUAUGCUGAACUGUAUCCCCUGAAAAGACAUGCUGGAGUCCUACCUCGCAGUUCCCUGUGACUGGCGUUUGGAAACAGGGUCUUUGUACAUAUAACACGCAGAGACGAGGUCCUCGGUGUGGACCCUAAUCCAACAUGGCUGGUGUCCUGAUGAGACGUGGGAGUGUCAUGUGAACACACAUGGACGCACAGGGACCGCGCCACGCGAAGAUAGGCAGAGGUUGGCGUGAUGCAGCUGCCAACCUAGGAACGCCAAGGGUGACGGCCACCUCCGGAAGCUAAGAGGCAAUGAAGGAUUCUCCCAGAGUUUCAGAGGGAACGUGGCCCCGUGAUGUCAGACUUCCAGCCUCCAGAUCUGUGAAAGAAUAAACUCCUGUUGUUUGAAGCCACCCAGUCUGUUGGGACUUUGUUAAGGCAGCCCCAGGGCACUAACACACUCUCCCGGGUCAGGACUCUGCCCCUCACCUGGGCCCCUCCUUUCGUCCCUCCCUCAGGCUCGCCCCUAAGAGCCCCCCUCC